GGAACCUGAAACCCCAACCUCCCUCCCUCCUUGGUCUGUUUGAAACAAUGCCUCCGAAGGGUAAGAAGAACACCAAGUCAAAAAAAAUUUCCAAUUCAGAUGCAACAUCACCAUCUUCUCUCAGUAGUUCAUCCGCAUAUUCGAAUCUGAACCCAAGUUAUAAUGGUGAAGAUGACGAACAAUUACUAUUGCGCUCACUCGAAGAGACUUCUACCAAAUACCCUUCAUUUAUUGGUACUUCUGCUUUGAUUUGUCGAAGCGUUGAAGAUGCUUCUGGUGGAAUUGAGUCCAAAACGUGUAAAAUAUGGCUCUCAGAAGCCUCCAUGAUUGCUUCUUCUAUCACUCCUGGUUCGGUUGUAUCCGUCUCACUUGCUUCUUUAAGGAGAGAUUUCUCUGUUCACCUUCUUAGUUCAUUGGUGGAUGAAUGUGCAGGGCAUUAUGGGUUCAAUGAUAGAAUGGCUAAUGAAAUAGGGAACUACUUCAUUCUAGCUACAGUUUUCCCUUCUCGUAAGGUUCAUAAAAAUGAGGUGCGAUUAUCAUCAACCCUCUCUUCUGCCAUGGGUUAUCCAGUUUCUGGAAGGAUAAUUUUUGUUUACCCUGUCAACCAUGGGAAUAAUUCCUUUCCAAUAUACAAGUGCAAAGACUUGCAUUUAUCCUUAGUUUCUUCAAAGAACAGCUUUACUACUAAAAGCAAUAAACUUUUCAACUUUCCAUCCGAACUCAACAACCAACAUGAAAACGGGAAUAUUUCAUCUCCAAAAACACCACAGUUGACUCGGUCAAAAUUGAAUUCUCCUGUUUCUAGUCAACCGACUUCACCAAGACAUACAGAGACAGUGUCAGAUCAAUCUUUCAAUCCUUAUAACAUAAAAGAAGUCUUGGAGGAUGAAGUUGGAAAGAAGCUUCUUCAAACUUGUACAUCAUCACUCUUGAAUUCCCGCCAUUUACUUCACGGGAAUCUUGUUGUAAUUCCAAUACUUUCAGAGAUUUGUCUUUUUAAGGUCUUAAGUGCUGUAAAGGUAUCUGAAGAUAAUGAUAAUGAUGAUAAAGAAAGUAAAGCUUUUUUAAUCGACAAUGGGACAAAAGUUCAUCUUUUCUCGCAGAGUUCUGAAGUGGAAACUUGUGAGAAAAUGAAUUUUGAUCUGUAUAACGAGGAUUGUAAAGAUAAUAUAGUAACUGAUAUUCCAAAAUUGGGAGGCUUAUCAAAGGAGUAUACGGUUUUGAAAGAUAUCAUUGUUUCAUCAUCAAUUAAGAACUCUCUCUCAAGUAUGGGUUUGCGUCCAACAAAGGGAGUACUACUUCAUGGUCCAUCUGGCACAGGGAAGACUUGUUUGGCUAAAUUAUGUGCAAAUGAUGUUGGUGUCAAUCUCUUCUCCAUAAAUGGACCUGAAAUUGUUAGUCAGUUUUAUGGUGAAAGUGAGCAAGCUUUACAUUCAGUCUUUGAUUCAGCUACCAAUGCUACACCUUCUGUGGUAUUCAUAGAUGAGUUAGAUGCCAUUGCUCCAUCAAGAAAAGAAGGAGGUGAAGAGCUUUCUGAAAGAAUUGUUGCAACUUUACUGAAUUUGAUGGAUGGAAUUAGUAGAACUGAAGGCUUACUUGUUAUUGCUGCAACUAAUAGGCCUGAUAGUAUUGAGCCUGCUCUCAGACGUCCCGGAAGACUUGACCGGGAAAUCGAAAUAGGUGUUCCAUCUCCAAACCAACGUUAUGAUAUAUUACUUACUCUACUCAAAGAAAAAGAACACAAUCUUUCAGAUACUGAAAUCCACCAUUUGGCCAUGUCUACUCAUGGGUUUGUGGGUGCUGACCUGGCGUCCCUUUGUAAUGAAGCUGCAUUUGUUUGUCUUAGGCGAAACAUUCACAAGAUUCGUGAUAAAAUCCAUCCCGAUAAUGAGAUGAAUGUUUCCAUGUGUUCAGAUGAUACAAAAGGCUUGUUUUCUGAGAAUAAUUUGGAGUGUUCAUCUUUAUCCAAUUCAGAGUUGCAGCUGGAAAUCAAUGAAAGUGAUUGGUUGGCUAGAAACUUGAGUGUGUCUCUUGAAGAUUUUGAAAAAGCAAGAAUUAAAGUGAGACCAAGCGCCAUGAGAGAGGUGAUACUUGAGGUUCCGAAGGUUAGUUGGAAAGAUGUUGGUGGUCAAGAAGAGGUUAAAAUGCAGUUGAUGGAAGCAGUAGAAUGGCCUCAAAAGCAUCAAGAUGCUUUCAGGCGAAUCGGGACCCGCCCACCAACCGGGGUUUUGUUGUUUGGCCCCCCGGGCUGCAGCAAAACCCUUUUGGCCCGUGCAGUGGCAUCUGAAGCCAAAUUGAAUUUUCUUGCGGUGAAAGGCCCAGAGCUUUUUAGCAAAUGGGUUGGUGAAUCUGAAAAGGCUGUAAAGUCUUUGUUUGCAAAGGCAAGGGCUAACGCGCCUUCCAUUGUGUUUUUUGAUGAGUUAGAUGGUCUUGCUAAUAUCCGUGGAAAGGAAAAUGACGGGGUUUCGGUUUCUGAUCGUGUUAUGAGUCAGCUUCUUGUUGAAUUAGAUGGUUUGAACCAGAGAGUUAAUGUAACUGUUAUUGCUGCUACAAAUCGACCAGAUAAGAUCGAUUCUGCUCUUUUGAGACCAGGGCGUUUCGAUAGGCUCGUAUAUGUGGGCCCACCAAAUGAAAAAGAUCGUAAAGAGAUUUUCAGUAUCCAUCUGCAAAAAAUGAGUUGCAGUUCUGAUUUAUGCGUUGAUGAAUUGGCUACUCUUUCUAAAGGCUGUACAGGGGCAGACAUUUCUCUAAUCUGUCGCGAAGCUGCUGUUGCAGCUAUCGAGGAGAAACAUGAUGCAUUGGAAGUAAGAAUGGAUCAUUUAAGAUCUGCAAUUGAACAAGUGCCACCUUCAGAUGUAGAGUCUUAUGAAGAAUUGACUGAAAAAUUUCAGAGACUUGUCUCCACUGCUACCCAAAAAGACGAUUUUGUCCCUGAAUCGGCUGCAACAGGAUUGAGCUCGGUUCCUAAUCGGAGCAUUUUGAAAUCGAUUUCAUCGUGCAUUUCUCACAUUGCAGCUGCAUUUUCAUAGUCUCAUACAAAGCAAACUCUUGUGAAAUAUGGUGGGCUUCAACCUAAUUUGAGGACA